GCGGGUUCCACCGAAGCAGGAGUUCCCUCUAGCUGUGGUUAGAGAAUUAAUGGAGGGGGUAUGACUGUCGAAUUAUGCGAACUACAUAGUGCACAGGAUCGAUCCGCUUCAUUAACGUAAACAAGUACACAAUCGCGGUGCCGUUAAGUUACGGAAACGAAUCCGCCGCUAGCACGAAUCGCGCACGGACGGUGGGGCUCGUGUCGCUCAAAAGGAAAGUCGAGGGCCUCGCAGAGGGUUAGCAAAGCGAGGAAGCGGAGAAUACGGGCUCGUAGUGCUGUCUUAACAGUUGGACCCGACCCACAAGACCUAAGAGGCAUUACCGAACCUCGAGCAUUGAAAACAACACUAGCACUGUUGGCUAGCUAGCGCUCGUUCGCUAGCUAGCUAGCUAACCAACUAACCAGCCACUACUAUCAACCUCUGGGUGACUACCUGUGAUCUGACAGCUUACGGCGGUUCAGCGAGUUAUGAACAGAGAUAGCUAGUGCAGCGGCCUCACAAAUCGUAUGAUCGGUAAGGGGACGCGGACUGAAGACAGUUGACAUACAGACAAGUCGAGGAUUUCAAGGAUAUUUGUUGUUAUACCUGGCCUGCAAACAUGGGCAACGCGCCCACCGCCAAGAACAAGGGCAAUGAGAUGGAGAGCGUUAAGGAGUUUCUCGCUAAAGCCAAAGAAGAUUUCCUAAAGAAAUGGGAAAACCCAGCACAGAACACUGCAUCUCUGGAUCAGUUCGAGAGGUUGAAGACCCUGGGCACCGGCUCAUUCGGCAGAGUAAUGCUAGUCAAGCACAAAGAAUCAGGGCAGCAUUUUGCUAUGAAGAUUCUUGACAAACAGAAGGUGGUCAAACUUAAACAGAUAGAACACACGCUGAAUGAGAAACGCAUCCUGCAGGCCGUCAGUUUUCCGUUCCUGGUGCGAUUGGAGCACUCGUUCAAGGACAAUACUAAUCUUUAUAUGAUAAUGGAGUAUGUUCCUGGGGGUGAGAUGUUUUCUCACUUGCGUAGAAUUGGACGGUUCAGUGAACCUCAUGCCCGAUUCUACGCCGCCCAGAUAGUUCUGACCUUUGAAUACCUUCACUCGCUUGAUCUUAUCUACCGAGACCUGAAGCCUGAAAACCUGCUCAUAGACCAGCAGGGCUACAUACAGGUUACAGAUUUUGGAUUUGCUAAACGUGUAAAGGGCAGGACCUGGACACUGUGCGGCACACCCGAGUACCUAGCGCCUGAAAUCAUCCUCAGUAAAGGUUAUAAUAAAGCAGUGGACUGGUGGGCUCUGGGAGUGCUCAUCUAUGAGAUGGCUGCUGGUUACCCCCCUUUCUUCGCCGACCAGCCCAUCCAGAUCUACGAGAAGAUCGUCUCUGGGAAGGUCCGCUUCCCUUCGCAUUUUAGCUCCGACUUAAAGGACCUGCUGAGGAACCUGCUGCAGGUAGAUCUGACGAAGCGUUUCGGUAACCUGAAGAACGGCGUCAAUGACAUCAAGGGCCACAAAUGGUUUGCGACCACCGAUUGGAUCGCGAUCUACCAGAAGAAGGUGGAAGCCCCCUUCAUCCCCAAGUGCAAAGGUCCCGGAGACACCAGCAACUUUGACGACUACGAGGAAGAAGAAAUCCGGGUCUCUUUCACAGAGAAAUGUGGAAAGGAGUUUGCUGAAUUCUAAUAGCGGCAGCAGUGGAGGAGCAGAGAGAUGGAGAGAAUUAGAUGUGGGGCAACCAAGAAAGAGUGAAGAAAAUGUUUUCCAGGGAGAGCUGAUGAGAGACUGGACUGAGUCUGUAUCCGGUAACAACGAUGACGACGACGACAACAACAACAGCAGUGUAGAGCCCUCGCACGGCCAUGGAGGAAGAAGAACAGAUAGUCCUGACAGAGCGCCAGCAGUGUUGCCUUUUCAGAUCCUUCAUCACUUGUUACUUAUCCAUUUUCAUCUUUUCCCUCUUGUUUGGUAGCCAGGGCAGAGAUUCAAUCACUUGGCUGGCAUGGGGAUAUAUUUGUGACUUGUUUUUCGUUUCGUUUUUUUCAGAGAUAUGGAGGUUACUUUCUGGUACUGAAUUUCGGCUUCUCCAGAUAAAAAAUACAGUUUUUAUUAGCAAAGGUGUCCUUGCUCUGUAGUUCUCUAUUCUGUCACAUCUUGUUUCCUUCUUGUGCAUCUAUCUACCCAUCUACCAAGUCAAACCGACCUGCACUGUUCAGUUCAAAAGUUCUGGAUUUGAUUAUCAAGUUUUUCCCGAUUUUAAUUUUAAGCAUACGUUUAAAUAUUAAUUUGGCAUUAAAAAUUUAAUCUGCUUCGUACAAAGAUCAUUUAUAGUUCUAGAUGUCGUACUGUUUGCGGGACCUAAUAGUUUUGGUGUACUUUUAUUCGGGUCUUUGCCAUAAAUCGUUCCUGUAGAUAUGCGUCAUCUUUUUUUUGCAGACACCUUGUUAUAAAGUUAGAAAGUGCAACAUCAAUACGACUUCAUGUUAUUAAUCCGUAGCAUGUACAGGUAUACUUGAAAUAAUACAUCAUUUUAUCUUUCUAAGAUGGAUUUUACAGAAAUAUAUCGACACACGGAACUGAAAACUAAAGGAAUCAUGAAGUGAAUUGUUCAAGCACAAAGGCUUGUUGCAAUACAGCUUGAUGAAAAAAAGCCACGCUAUUUUUUUCCAACAAACACUUUAAAUGGAAAAAGCUGAUGCGGGAUGAAUGUGGCUACGUUGGAUGGUCGUUUUUUGGCCGUGUACCGUGCCAAUGACCAGACCCAGAGAAUAAUGCGAAUGUGAGCUGCUCACCUAAAGGUGAAUCAAAAAAUUAGGCGUACUUUCAAUAUGCUUUAAUAAGCUCAUUCAUCAGUCCUAAUAUAGACCUGAUUGUGUUUAAUAAUGAUAUUGACCAGCAAAUUUAACUUGUUAAUAUCUUCCAACGAAUAAAUCAACUAUCUUGCUCUUUAACUUCGUAGGAUGCAAGACAAUCCAAAUGCAAAAGUCCUAAUGUUGUUGUUUUUUUAAAGUUCCCAGUAGUUGCAUCGAUUUUAGUUCUUUAUGCUUGAAAAGCUUCAUAUUUCAUUUGUUAGUUGUUAAAGGUACAGCGUGUAAUUUCCAUGCUUGUUUGGCCCAGUCGGUGCCUCAUUGGCUGAACCAACGCUUCGAGUUUUUGUCGGGUAGCACUGGCACCUCAAGUGGCACAGAUAUUACACGCAUUGCCUUUAAUUGUCAGACAUUUGCUGUUUAUUAGAUGUUGUUCCUCCUAAAUUGUGCGAUUCUGUGAUUUGCAUAUAUGCUCAAGCUAUCCUUGUUUUGUUUUGUUAUGUACCGCUAGUGUAGGUUUAUUUUAUUGAGCGUUCACAAAUGACAGAUUGGUGCCAGCUCAACGUAUGUUUGUC